UGAAAUGAUAUUGAUGCCAUACUUGGUGGUUACCGAAUUCGUGCCUUAUAUUUAAAUUUUUAAAUUUUGAAUUGAAGAAAAUUUAGUAUGAAUUAAAUUUCUCAAGCACUGAUUCUAUGCUUUGGUAAGAGGAAAGUGACAUGGACAAGAAGCCUAUAAAGGUUUAGAAAGUGAAGUACUAUAUGAGUUUAGUUAUAAAGUACUACUAUAUGGUGGAACAAUUAAAAGUUCAGAUAAAUAAAGGGCCACCGAAUGUAUCACAAUUACAAAGGCAUGCUUAAUUCAUUUUUCUAAUAUUAAAUAAGAAAACAGUAAUAGAAAAUCGUUUGGUUUGGUGUUACAUGAAGUCAAAUAUAAAUAUUUUUUUGGCCUAUCCGACGUGAAACCUUAACCUGCAACAUUUUGUUCAGCAACUUGAGAGGUAAAAUUCAAAGCAAUCAAGGCAAAGGUUGGCCAAUGACUUAAAGGUAUGUUUGAGAAUAUGCAGAAUUGAAAUUAGCAUAGAGAAAAAUUAAUUCAAAUUCUAAAUUAAUUUUUUGCCCGUUCAAAAUCACCUUCUCAGCAAAAGUAUAAAAUUACCCUUACAAUGAUGUUGGUUGGGACUUAUUACUAAUAAAAUGAAAAGGAUAUGACUAUCACCAGGUUAGGCUCCUACAUUGAGUUGAAAAAAUCGCGGGGAUAAAUAUAUAUAUUUUCUUGCUAAAAAAUAUAUAUAUUUCGAAAAGUCGCGGGGUUAUAUAUAUAUAUAUAUAUUGAGCACUGAACGUCCUUAAAAAAAGGCGGACGUGAAUGGCAGUAAAUUGAUGUAGUGGAACGGACGGUGGAAAGGAGAUCACGAUCAUGAGCGGCGACUAUUUAUCUUCUUCCCAAACAGAAACGAGCCAACAAAACCAGGUACAGAGGCAGAAAAGUUGAAAUAUAUACUAGUAUAGAGAGAGAGACUGUGUGUGUGAAGGAGCUAGAGAAUGUCGUGGCAGACGUACGUGGACGAACAUUUGAUGUGUGACAUCGACGGCCAAGGUCAGCAUCUCACCGCCGCUGCCAUCAUCGGCCAGGACGGAAGCGUCUGGGCUCAGAGUUCUUCCUUCCCUCAGUGUAAGCCUGAGGAGAUCAAUGGAGUCAUCCAAGAUUUUAAUGAGCCGGGGCACCUUGCCCCUACAGGUUUGCACCUUGGGGGCACUAAGUACAUGGUAAUCCAAGGAGAGGCUGGAGCUGUCAUCCGCGGAAAGAAGGGAUCAGGAGGCGUCACCAUUAAGAAGACCGGUCAAGCACUGGUCUUCGGUAUAUAUGAAGAACCUGUAACUCCAGGGCAAUGCAACAUGGUUGUUGAGCGGUUGGGAGAUUACCUCGUUGAUCAGGGCCUGUAGCCAUCCAGGUCAUGUCAUGAUUUCUAGUACCUUUCGUGAUACGUUUCUUUUCUUUUCUUUUCUUUUAAGCUUGAAUAUUCUUCCUUCCGAAGCCAUGAAUUGGAAGUGGACUUGUUCCGUACAAUAAUGAUGUUGAAGGCGUAAACAAGUGUUGGUGUUUUAGGGUUUUUUUGUGUGGAUUUGAAACACCCAUGCAUCUUCUACAUUAUGUGGAUGUAAUAUUAAUUUGCCCUUUUUAGUUGAGUAAGAGAAUCAGACAUGUUCGAUCUCCACUAGACCAUUAAAUGCUUACACAAUUUGCAAGAAUAUUUGUUGGAAGGAUGAGGUGCUUGUUGGAUAUUAGUAUUGUUUUAAAUUUUUGAAAAGAUGUACUCUCUCUUUCAGUUUGUUUGCAAUUGUUCAUUGCUUUAUG